AUAGAAAACAGUAGAAACCAGAUGUUUUUUUUUCUUGCAGAAUUUAUGCAAGGUUUUACCUUACUUGAUGUCAAGUAUCUUAUUUUUCAUGCAGCUGUAGGCAGGUGUUUGCAUCUCAGUAUAACUAAUACUACAGUAAAUUGAACGGGCAAGUACUAAUAACUCUGAAAGCUGAAAGGACUUUGAGGAUUGUGAGUCAUCUCAGCUGUGGGGGUGGAGCUGAGGAACUAGAAUUACAGAAACUGUCUCCCUAUUGAUUUCUUAUGAAAAUGUAGUUGAUUUAAACUAAGAGCUUUGAGUAGUGUAUGUCAAAAGAUAAAACAGAUCAAUUUGCACAACGGAUGGCAUCAAGCUAUAAAAUGCAGAUUUCAUCCUAUAUCUGAGAUUGGGCUUGCCUUACUUUCAACUUUCACAAUCUGUCUGUCAUGUUAAAUAGCAGUGUCUCAAAGCUGACAUCCUUUCUUGCUUCUCUGGAACAACAGGACUGCAUCUCUGGAUCCAGCUAUUUGAUGAAUCUUGACUGGGAAUUGAAUGUGAUUGUAUUUUUAUUCAGAAAUGUUUUAUGAUGGCAUACAACUUGCUAAGCCAAAGUUGCAUUUGCUAUUAGCUCUUGAUAAUUCUUCUUCUGGGAUAAGAAUUCUCCAGAGAAGCUAUAAGCCAGUUAUUCCACUGAGAGGAAAGACAUUGGAGAACAGAGUCAAGAAACAUGUUCCCAAGUCUAAGCCCUUGUUGAGAAGAACAAAUUUCAAACAUAUGUUACAUGAACUUUUAAUUACAGGGUUAGUUUGUCUGUAAUUUCUAAUACUUUAAAGACUUUUUUUUUCUUUUCUUCUAGAUCUUUCUCUGUUCAACUAUUACUGCAUCAAACCAAAUCUGCAUGCAUUUUCAGAUUUCUCCCCUAAUUGGGCUUUCUAAUUGCCGUAAAAUUUGUCAGUGCUUUAUAAAGCACGUUGUUGUUGUGUGCUAUAGCAACAUAUGCAAAAUAUUUAAGUAGCCAACUGUUUUUGCAUGUGCAAUAGAUAUGUGGGCCAGCUUGUGGGUUCAGGGGGACAGUGGUAUUCUGGCAUUAUAAUAGGCAGUGCAAAGGCAUGAAGAAUGCCUAAUUCCCUGUCAGUUUAAGCAGCUGUGCUAAUGCAACAUGGUACUGGGCUCUGCUUUUGGAGCAGUUCCUUAGCUUGAGAGGCAGUUAAUGAGUAAAUCUUUCUUCAUGCAGGAAGGGUGUAAAAGAAAGUGUCUCAGUGAUGAUUUUAUUUGCUGCUGAAACAAGGUUAAAGAACAGAACUCUGCAACUAAUUGGAUUUAUCUUAGCUUCUUCUAUCCUAGUUUCAACGUAUUCUAUUUUUCAUGACUCAAUCUGCAUGGGAAAGCUGGUAUGCAAAGAUGUUUUCAUUCAGUGACAGCGUCAGUACGGAAUAUUUUAGGACUUCAUUUUUUAUUUCUGUGGCAAAAUAUGUUUUAUAUCUUGUGAUGUUUAUUUGAGGAGUACUGAAGGUCUGUAUUGCCCAUUGACUUUGUUACUGUCUUGCAGAUCUACCUUUGACAAGAGCUGAGCCUGGAAAAUAGCAGAUUAUGAAUUUUAUGAAUGCUUUUCUCAGAAAUGGCACUUAGGAUUUGCGUUUUUCUUCUAGUGUGACAUUAACGCUGUUUGUGGCUCAGCAUGGCUGUCAAGAGGGCUUGAAAAUCAGAGGAUAUGAGUCAUCAUAAAAACAGUGGUAAUGUUAUUUUCCACAAAUACUGGUCCAUGAUGCAGCUCUGGAUUUGAUCUUGCUUUAUUAUUGAGACCAGAAAUUCAACAGACGGAGAAAGAAUGUCCCCAAUAUUCCUUGAAGCUUUCUCUGAUACCAUAGGCCAUCUAGCUGUUUAAUUCUAUUUAAUUAUUUUGGACUAAUGUAGUAAUGAGAAUAGUGGUGCAAAAACCUGAAAAACCUCUUCUAGCACUGGAGAGCGGGAAUGCUGGAUAUACUGUAAUAUAUACUGUAAUAUAUGCUGUAUUAUACAGCAAAACAUUUCCUGAGAGGAUGAAUGUGGCCAGAAAAAACUGUUCCUGUUCAUUUCAGAUUGCCAAAGAGGGAAUCAUUAGGCCCACUAAUUAACUGUCAAGUUUAAUGAAGCGUUCUGAACCUCAGAUUGGAAGAUACUUAUAAACCACUAGCUCUAUGCAAAGCUUCUGAUUUUCCCUUUAUUCCAUAAAUAAUUAUUGAUUUGUACUAAUAUUUCAGCAUUCUGGCUUCCCCAGUGUGUGUGGUUGAAAUGUUGUCUGUUUAGCUUUGAUUUUUCUCUAAGCUGAAAACUCAAUUAUGAUUAACUUCACUGGACGAGUUAAAUUAAGUUAUUGGCCUUUUAUGAAGUACUGAAAUAAUUUUGAAUGCUAACAAAAAAUAUGAUUUGUUAUUGAUUUUUGUUACAUAAUCCUCUGAACAUCUGUGAUGAAAUAUUUUUGAAGGUAACAAAGAGAACGAAGCCAGUGUUCUGAAAUGACUAAUGGGGAUGCUAUGGAGACUCUAUUAAUGAGGCAUCCCUUUUCUUUUACAACUCAGAUGACUUGAAGGCAGUGUUUUCAGACUGCAGAGACGGUUGAGAGAACUUUUGUUACUAAGUAAAUGUCCCAUUAUCCUCUUGAUACAUGCCAUACGCUUUUACCUGAGAAAAUUAGUUCAAACUCCCAGUGUAAGGAAUUACAGAAUCCUCAGAGUUGGAAGGGACCUUUAGAAAUCAUCUACUUUAGCUCCCCUGCAAUUACCAGGGACAUGCACAGCUCCAUCAGGUUGCUCAGGGCCCUGUCCAGCCUGGCCUUGAAAGUCUCCAAGGACAGGAUAUCCUACACAUCUCUGGGCAACCUGCGCCAGUGCCUCAUCAUCCUCACUUUUGAAAGGAUAUAUGGAAAAAGAUUUCUUCCUUAAAGCAGACCUAGAUCUACCCUCUUUAAGUUUGAGGAAAAGGGACCCAUUUCAGUAUGUGUGGUGUGCAGUGUGCGUACUCUGCUGUAAAACUUCUGUGCAAAUGCCACAACUGAGAGUAACAGAAAAGAGCUUGAGCUGUAGUGUACACCUUAAAUGCCCUCAGUACCACUGUGCAUAUCACCCACGUUGGAUCCUUGCCCUAUGCCAGGUCCUUGGGUGUGGCAGAGCUUCUAGUUCUGGUUUCUUUAGGAUGUCUGCAACUCACCUGGGCUUCCAGUACUCCUUGGCUCCUUCGGACUGGGCUUUUCUGGGCUUCCAGGUGCCCUCAGAAAGCUCUGAUCUGUGUUCACUGCUCAGGAAUGUGUGAUGUCCGAAGAAAACAGCUGAAAAAGUUCUCAAAGCUUUCUUAGUAGAUUUUUUUUUUCCUUUGAGGCAUCAGUAAUAAUAGUAAACUUCCUCCGUGCCCUAUCCCUGUUCCUUCAUGUGCAAAGGAGUCUAACUAAGAUUGUUCCCCUUGCAUGGUUUGUCAAUAAAUAAAUAAAUUCUUAUCCAGAUCAGACAUCUUGAUGCUUGUAGUCAGCAUCCUUCAGCACAACCAGCAGGUCUAACAGGAAGCUGUCCUCAGUGAAUGGUGCCUUCUUCCCAUCUCCUUCUGCCCUUUCUCUUGAGCUCCUCUUCUGUUUUUCUGCUUUGGAUUUUAACAAGAUACUUUUUCUUCCUCUAAUAUCUUUCAUUCUUCCUCCUCAAGACAGAAACUUAGUUUCAUUGCCUCAUACUUAUUAGUUCUUCAGGAGCUUGACUUAUUCAUGAGACUGUUCAGCACCCUGUGCUUCUGCACAGACCUUUUUACUUUCAGAUAAUUGUGGGUCAUUGCUGAGUUUUGCACGAGUUCUUAACAAAAAAAGGUUUCUUGAAAAAAGCUUUUCAUAAGACCCAUAUCUCUCUGCAGAGCGUUCCUUUGCUGAUAACGUAGGAUGUUUUGGUGACACUUGACUGAGUGUGGAAUGAAAAACUUCCUAGCCAGCUCUUUGCUAGAGGAUAAGCAUUUUGCAAGUAUUACAGCUAACAGCUGAUGUCCUGGGUGGCUGUGAAUUUUUUCUUGUGUUCAGACAAGGUCAUAAAUUCAUUAGUAACUGUGUAGCUGGAUACUGUUUAAUAUGUGAGUUACCAUUUGUUAGUCUAGUUAGUUUUUUUACUACAUGAAGUUACAUCAGCACAGACCUGGAGUGAUGGAGUAAUAAACACAGAGAUCCCUUUUGCUGUAUGAUGCUACUGACAGCAGGUAAAAAGAUUUUAUUUCAGUUUUAAAGGGCAAUAUUGUCCACUGCUUGGAUUCUGUCACAGUGGAAAAUGUUUCUGCUACCAUUCUUUUCUUCAGCCACAUUUCUACUGAGAAUGAAAAGCCGGAUCCUGACCUGCAGGAGGCUCUUAAAGGAAACCUCUGCUAGUGGGGAGAGGAAGCAGAAUAAAAUGUUUUCCCUAGUUUUUGAUGCAGUGCUUGCUACUGUUUGAGGGAAGGUAUGGAAACACAGGAUGUUUCAUUUUUCUAAUUUCAUGGGCUGCAGGCUUCCUGAGUGACAUGAGUUGUUUUCUUGUAGCCCAAAGACAGACAAAUCUCAUGCAAUCUGUAUGUGGCUGAGGAGGACACUGCAAGGUGGAUGGUACAUUCAGGCUCCUGCUGGGGUUAUCGCCGCAGCAGUUGGCUUCAGAGCCAGCAGAGCUUGGGAACGCAGCCUUGGUGCUUCAGAAACAUUACCUUACAUCGCAACACGACUGCAGCUAGGGUAUGGUUUAGCCCCAGCAGUGUUUUAGAGCCUGAGGCUCUACUUGUCCCAGCGCCCACAAGCAGUUGCACUGCACGGAUGGGGAAACUGUGGGAGCAUGCUCUCAGCUUUGUAAAGUCCCCUUACAAACUGAGGCAGUUUUAACUUUGUAACAACCUAUAGACUGGACAUUUUGUUCUUACCGUUUUAAAGGUAACUGCAUUGAACGUCUGUAUGGAACUGCGCCAAACACCCUAACACUGCUUUAAUCCUUUUAUUUGUUGUUGUUGCUAAGGCCAUGCACCAACUGAAUGGAAGGUUGCUAACUGUGUGUUACAGCUGGUAUCUUGUGCAGUGUAACAGGCAGAUGUUACAUCGGGCUCACCCAGAGAUGUGCUUGAAUGUGCAGGUAAUGCAUCUUGGUCAAUCUACAAUUCAGCAGUUGAAGUUGUUAUUUUUUCAGUGAAUGUUUAUUAUUUUCUCUGAUGCUGAUUUUUCCCCCCUCUUUUUUUUAAAACGAAAAUGGCUUUCCUAUGCCAUCUGCCCUUCCCAACCAUUUUCAUUCAGGAAUUUCCAAAGCUUUGUCAUUUUUGCAGUGUAUACACUGCCAUGUUUUCCCAAAUAACACAGAGACACAGUGAGUUUAGGGUUAUUUAUAAGGAGAAACCUCUUUCUUUUUCUUUUAAUCAUUACUCUCUCUACUAUUUCACACCGUAAUCUUCAUAAAAGCAAACUCUCUGAAUUCCUGUUAUGGUUUCAUUGUAAUAUGCUGAAAUGGAUAUGUCAGCAGCAGCAUUUUUCUUUCUAGAUUUGAGAUUCAGUAGUUUUCCAGACAAAUAGCAUAUUCCUGAGUUGAUGGAAAAUUCAUGCUGAGCUACUUCAUGUUGGCUCGCUUUGGGUGCCACCUCCAAUGUUUCUGUUGGCUGGCAAGAAGAGCUGGUAUUUUCUAUUUAUCAGUUCCUUUGACUCUCUCUGCAAAGCACUAAAUCUAAUAGCCUGCAGGUGGAAGGCUUCGCAUUUUAAAAGGAAAAGACAGCUGAUUACAUGCCGGCAAGCUUCCAAUCACACUGCUGAAAUGUUGUUUUAAAAUCAAUUUUGAUACCUAAUUUGUUUGAGUUGUGUGAUGACUUUGAAAUAUGUAACAUCAAGAAGGCUGAUAACGAUCUUUUACGCUUUUAAUGUGUGCACAAUGAACAAAUGUGGUAGCACUGUCAAGGUAGAAAGUACCUGCGUAGCAAAAAAACCUGUGUGAUGUGGUCUUACUGGGCUUUAGUUUCAGCAGGAAAAUAGCCGGCUGCCUUUCAGAGAAACCUCUGAGAAGACUCUGCUGCUUACAUUUCUGGCUGGCUUGCCCUAGAGACUAAGCAAAACUGUUAACGGGAAAGACUUUAUCAUGACUGAAAUUAAGGCUGUGGUUUUUGCUGUUGCAAAAACUAUGCAUCAUACUGAAACAGAAAAUCCAAGGAAAAGGUUUAGCUGAGCUCUUGCAGUUGUCAGCUUUCAUCCUUUAUCACUGGCAGAUGAGAAAUACAAUGUCGUGACACAGAUACGGUAUCUCAUUAAAGCUACACGCUGCAGCUGUUCUCUCACAGAAAAUAUAUUUCCUCUAGAAUUAUUGCAUUUUUCCCCCUGCUUUCCCUCAUCAUCAAAUCAAUGGCUCUUCUACCAUCUUAAAGGGAAGAUUUACCAUCUUAAGGGAAGAAAAUUGAGGUUUUCAGGGAAUGAGGGAGCUGCCUUUCUCUCUCCAGGUCUGAUUUAAAUUCUGUAUAUUUUGGUUUGAUUUUCUUAAUUCUGUGGAGCAGAAAAUUGAGAGGUUUUGUUUUGUUCUUGUUUUUUGUUUUGUUUUGCUUUUGUUUUUUCCCUUCACUUGCUCAAAUAACAGCAUCUCUUCAUAGUCCAUACCACCUUCUGGAAAUGCUUUGCACCAUGGUUUCUUGAUUUUCUUUUUUUGUUUCAGAAGAUUUAUUCAGAAGAUUAGGGACUGUGUUGAAUGAUGGUAGCAGAGCAUUGAGUAAGCCGUAGAGAAUUAAAAUGGUAAACUGGAGAAUGUUGUUUUUUGAGAAUAUUUUAAGCUCUCAGCUUGGUGCUAUCUGAGCACCAAGGAAGAUCCUACAAGAGUUGAUGACACUUGUAAAAGUGUAACAUGAUUGUGCCGGGAAAACAGAUGGUGAGAGUACAGUGUGGGAGGACUCCUGGAUAAUAUCCACAAAAAGCCCACAGUCUCAGGUACCACAAAACCUCAGAGAAAAUACAGUGUCAUUUUACAAUGAUGUUGACACAUGUCUUUGGGCUGCCAGGUAAGGGGUAAAUUUACUCCUGGCAGCUGCCAAGGCUGCGGUGCUGCCAGACGAGGGUGCACGUUCCAGACAUGCAGCAAGUGUACAGACAGUCUGUGUCUGAUUUCCUGGAUGGGAGAAGGCAUCCUUCUCCCGCAAUUUAAUCUGUGACAGCUUGUUUAGUCUCCCUGCAAUGGAGCUGAAAGGUGUGAGGCAGGUUAAUGGAAAUAUUAUGAAGUGGUCAUUGAGAAAAUAUGAGAAUGUUAUAAGCAUUACAUCAACAUCCCAAAUCAUUCUCUGUCUGUGAAAUAACCUCAUCUGUCCAUCUCAUUCUUUUUUUUCCUUUUUUUUUUUAAUGUGUUUUCUCUGUUUCAUGCAAAACAAAACAAAACCCCUUCAUUUUUAAAUAUGCUUUAAAAGCAGCGCAGCGUUUAUUUUAUUAUGUGGUUGAGGAGUACAUCAGUGGUUUGAUUUGCUUUGGGGUUUUUCCUCUAAAGGAUUCUUUGUCUACUUGUCUUCUGCAGUCUGGUAACUGAAAUCGCUUUAUAGUGUUUGUAAAAGAGCAGGUUUGGGUACAUUAACUCAGAUUAGCUGAACACUGCUUUAGUUUAGAGCUCCAUGUAGAUUAUAAAAAUCAAAUUAGGAACUGGUUAGAUAUUGAGACAAUGGAACCCAUGCUCAGCUCUGUACUCACUCUGCUGUAGCGUGAGGUGCCUGUAGCUGAAGUAACUAAUUGAAAAUGGACUUGGCUGUAUCUACAGUGCUAUAUUACAGUUGUAGCAGUGACCACAGAAGAUGUAGUUGCAUAUUUUCAGGAAAAAUGUGCUAGAAAUAACCAGCAGAAAUAAGCAGAAAAACAUUCAAUAACACAAACUUUUAGUUCUUUUACUGUCUUGCAUAGAAUGACUUUUUGUGUCAAACUACAAGUAUUUUCAUAUCAGUUGAGUGAAAAGCCAAAAAUCAUAUACUAGCAACAUGGUUUAGUCUAGUUCAAAACCUAAAAUUUGAAAGCAGCACUUAACCACAAUUGAAAUGAUGAGAAAGUUUCUUUUGGAGAUAGUUAAUUACGUUAACAUGAUUUAUUGUAUCAGCAGAAAUCUCUCCCAAUUCAAUUUUAAAUUGGCAAAAUGGCUAUUUGCUUCUUUAUUGCUUGCCCACCUGAGAUAUUCCUACUGGAAGUCAGUAUUUUUAGCUGUGCUGUUCUUAUAACAGCACUCAUAUAAAUCAGUUUCUAUGAGAUGACUGGCAUUUUUCUUUAAUUACUUUUUUUAGGAUAAACAUUUGAAAUCACAUUUGGUGUCUUAUGUCUUUUCCAUCAUCUAGAAUACUGCUAGACUACUCCUCACAUCCAGCUGCCUAGUUAGCACAGGCAUCUGAGCUGGUUGCUCUUUCUCACUCUUUAAUUCAAAGAAGGAUCUUCACAUAGAAUUUUAAUUCCCUUUGAAGAGAUGACUUUUCUGUUACUCAACAACCAGAUGAUUCAAAAUUCAACUGAAGCUCUCAUUUUGGCUGUUGGAGGGCUUUGGACUCCUGUUACAGCUUCCCUUUCCUACUGUGACAUGGAGUAUAAGGAUAGGUUUUUUUUUCUAUAUUUGUCUUAGGCUUCCUGGAUUUGGUGUUCUUUAUGAUGUAAAAUGUCAAAAAGCAAAGACAUGUAUUCAUACAUAUAUUACUUGGAUAAUAUAUCAGCUCUGGUUUUGGUAAAGGUUUUUUUCUAGAAAAAACCUUUUUUUUUUUCUUCUAGAAAAACAGCAUGCUUGGAUAACACUGAGAAACAGAAGUGCUAAAACCGAGUAGUACAUAAUUUGCCUUGGGAUAUGUUUUCCAUUGUUAUGUUGUGAUCCUUUGAUACUGCCUUUUUGAACAUCUCAGCAUCUUACUCGAGCGUAUUCAUCACAUAAAUAGAGCAGUCUGUGCAGGUAGCUAAUGGAAAAAACAAAAGGCUUGGUAGUGAUGGGAUGAGCAAGUGUUUUCCAUGGAGGCAGUAGGACCUGCCUGAGGAAGUUCUAUCUGCAGGGAGUACUUAUGCACAAGAAGCACAUGGAAAACGAACUGUUUACAAAAAAAAAAAAAAAAAAUCAUCUACAAUUGGUUUAUAUAUAUUCAUGAGUUCACCAGCAUGUCUGUGUUCACAUAAAAAUGAAAUCUAUUGCAGCCCAGAAUGCAAAGGUGUAAGGGUCAAAGUUAGAAAAUGUUGAUUUCCAGAAAUAACAUGGAAGACAACAUUUCUGGAGCAGAAAGUACAUUUAUGGUCUCUGUUAUAAAUAAUUCUACUAACAACUUCUCAGUUCAGGAGAACUUAAAAGACUAUAAUCAAGUGUGAUUGAAAUACAAGUUAAAGGUGAUUAUACUAGGUCAGCUGUAUAGAUUAAUGACCCCAGAACAAAUGCAAAGAUCUCAAGAUGCCAGUACUUGGUGGUUUUUUGUUGUUGAGAAAGAAAUAGGAGGGGGAAAAAAAGAGGCAAAGCCAAUAAAAGACUGUAUUGCUGCAGUUCAGAUGCUUUGGAUUGUCUGUUUGUAAGGAAAGGCAUUAUGUUAUGACUUGAAAAUUUGUAUAACAACCAUCCGUGUAAUUUUGAACAUAGUCCUAGACAUUUGUGGUACUCUGGGAGUUGAAAUGUUAGUUUUGUUUUGUUGUUAAGGUUGGCAUAAACCUUGCCAUCUGAGCAGUGGGACAACAGAAUAGCAUUUGUAAUUCAGCAUAAGUCCCUGUACAGAAAAUCUGGAAUAUUUUUACCACUAAUUAAGAGUGUUGAUGUAUCAUAGAGAUGACCCUGCUAUCCUCCCUAUAUGGUUUAUCUCCACAGAUCAGCAGCACAGUGUUUCUACAGAUGUUUAUUUAAAUAAAGUUAGAUAGAAAAACAUUGUCUUGUUGCUGAUGAGCUUUCCAAGCUUGGAUGUACCAAAAUGGCAUUGGUGAUCUCUUGAGAUCUUUGUUUCUUAGGCCCUUAUAUUUCGUUCUUCAUUGGUCAUCCUGCUUUUAGACAUUUUAUUUCAUUUCAUUAAAAGACUUGUUUUAUAUUAGCAUCUGUUUGAAUGUCAUUGUUUUCAAAACUGUAUUUUUCAUUGUACACAUUUCUUCAGAUAAAAGUUAUCUUCACUGUUAAGACUGUUUGUAACAUCUCAGCCAGGGGCUCACUUUAAAGCCAAGAGAAUAAAAUGCAAUUAUAAUCUAGUUUUCUUAUGUCUGAAUUGCUCCAUUUACUUCUUUUAAUAUAGCAGACUACUUUUCUGUUGUAUCAUCUAUAAUUUGCUUUACAGUAUAUUUUGAAAGAGAGAAAACUAAACUCUGAAAAUGCUUUCUUCUGUGGUUUUCCUAUUAUGUUUCAAUCUGUACUUUAGGUAUAGAUUGGACAAAGUUUCAGGUUAACAUACAAUUAUUUUAGUUAAAAUCUUUUCCAUUAUUUUCCAAAAUGUUCAUAGGAUUACAGUAUCAGUUUCUGUCUGCCUGUUCCAUAGACGCUGCCUCUAUAUCUGGAUUUCUAGCAUAGAACUGUGUGUUCCUGAAACAGGUUUGCUGUGGAUGCCAAAAAAAUUGAAAAGUUGUUUCUGACCUGGAGAUCUUGGAUAGAGAGUAGAUGAUAAAAAAUGGAUGCAAUCUUUCAUUCUGCUAUCACCAACUCUUAACUCCUACUAAGGAAGGUAGCAGCUAAGGAAUCUUUAAAAUUAAAAGCAUUAUUUUAGUUUGUAAUAGCUGUAUAGAAUGGUGAAAGGCAUUUUAGAAGAAUAAAUACUUGUAUGAGUACACCAAAGCCAAGCAGAACAGCGAACAUCUUUAAUACAUUGAAUGGAUAAAGCUCUCCUUCCCACAGAUUUUUGUGCAGAUGGUCUUGGGGCAGUGCCAGGAAUGUACAGGUGCAGCAAGCCUUCCCUGAGUCCUCAUUCCCUUGAAGCAGCACUCAGACUCACAAAUCCUCAGUGCAAUGAGGAAAUGCAUUGCUUUUUGCUUCUCACUAGAUAAUUUAUAAAGGCUUGCUAGCCAGCUAGAGUGUGUGUUGCUUGAAAUCCCUUAAAACACUGUCUUACCUGGGAAGAUACAGCCAACUGAAGGAAAAAAUAGCACGCUAUAACAAGUCUCAGAAUUAUUGCUGAUUAUCAUUGUUUUGCCCUGUAGAGGAAGGUGAAGUAGCUCUGUGAUGUUGCUAUAGUAGCAGCAGUUCUUGAGCACCAUCCUGAGAUUUAAAAGGGCCAUGAAGGCUACUUCAUAGACAGACAGUGAUUAAUGCUAUAUUUAUAGACUCAGAGAUCAGAAAUAAACCUCAGGAGGUUGUGCAAUCCAUACUCCUGCCUGAAGGCAAGGUAAACUUCACUUAAAACAUUCCAUACAGGCAUUUGUCUAACCUGAUUUUGAAGCACCAGAGAUGGAGGCUGAAUAACAUCCCUGGACAAUUUGCUCCAGCACUUAAUCAAUUUAUCUUCCUCUUCUUCAGCUUUUGGUUACUUUUUGCUUUUUGUCAUCUGCUUUACUUCCAUAGGUUUUGCAGCGUGUUUAUUUGUGAGGCUUGAGCUGAAGGUAAAAUAAGGUGAUUCAGCUCUCUGAGGUUAGUUUAAAAUGUGAAAGUGAAGACCAAAAGAAAAAUUUAUGUUGCUUCAUGAUAACAAAAUGUACUCUCUUUGAGUUGGGAAUGAUUUCUAACUGCAUUUCACCUAAAGAAAUGUGAGCAAAUUCUGCUUCUGAAGCAUAUCAUAUCAAAUAAUUUAGGAACUCUUUGGCUGUUUAUAGUACAUAAAGAUACUGUUGGGAGUAAUAUAUCAUUAAUUUGCAUAGAGGCUUUAUGUAUUUUGGCAUAGAAUAUAUAGAAUAUCCUAGCAGAUAAAUCCUAGAAGAUAAUAACGCAUGAGUGAUGAAAAUCAUCUGCCCAAACAUUAGUUGUUCUGUCAAAACAACAGAUCCAAAAUCUAAUGUGAAAUCUGUAUUUCAGUAAAAUUAGUGGCGCCCAUCACUGGGACUUACAAAGGUAUUUUAUGAUGCUCAGACAGUGUUCUGGCUACAAAUUAGCAGAAUCUGUUUUCUAGAUAAUGUCUAGACAGGCAAAACAAGUCUGUGCUGCAGCUUCUGGUAGUCUGGAUUAUGUUGGGCAUGUUGGAGCUAAGAGGCACAGCAGUGGCUAUUUACAUGGGAUGCAACUGUUGCAUGCAAAGACCCAUUUACCUGUUGGUACCUGAAUGCAGCGUCAGUUGGCCCCCAGGACACAUUGACAGAUUGUGUCACUUAGGUCCCACUAAGCUUGUGUGUUGAGCACAGCUUGCUUAACAUAAGGUGGCCUCAGAGCAUGUUACUUCUAUUUUACCUUUUAAACUAAAUAUUUCUGUGUAAGUAUUUAUACCUGUUAAGUGCCAAAUCGUUUUUAUCUGUACUUGUUGCACACGAGAGCGUUAUACUAAAGUUUAUAAUUGGUGCUGGGAAAAUGAGUCAAGGUAUUCCAUGAGGAAAGACUGAGACAUGUGAUUCAUCCAUCUGAUGUGAAAUAUUAAGUGAAAAUGCCUACAGUACACUAGGCAGAAAGAAUGUCUUUAUUUAAUUCACUGGAAACAAUCAAUUAAAUAACACUUCUAAUUUGCGUCACUCAAAACUAAAUUUCUGUCAUGUCGGUUCUAGCUUUAUGACCUAUUUCAUUCCUGAAUCUAUGCUGGAUUUGACCUUAAAACAGUUUCAUGUGCACUAUGCACAUGAUGUUUGAUGUGCAUGCUUGAUGCAACUGAAUGCCAGAUGAAUGCUAAAAUCAUCAUUUUACAAGUAAUGGUAUUUGUUAGUAUAUCAGUCCUGAGAACUACUGCAAGUGGUUAGGAAAUUAAAGUCAGUGCUACCAAAACAUCCGAGCGCUGGUCCUGGUUUUAAAUCUCUGAUGCCUUUAAUGUUGGAUAUUAGAUGUGAAACUGGAUGCAUCUAUAUAUGUGCUUUUUUUUUGCGGCACUCUUGUCAUUGAAGGCAAUGUAAUUGCAUUGGUAAUCUGGACUUAUUACUUCUGUCUGUGACAUAGUAGUCUUAAUGAAAGACCCUUAUUCAGCUCAGAAAAAAAAAAAAAUUCCAACCCAGAAUUUAUCUGCAAAAUAAUGUGUAAAUCCCUGUUUGGUAGCUUGCUGGGGGUAUUUGCUCCCUUAUAGUUCCUCUGUUGAAUAGCACAGGGCUUUUCAUGUUGUCUGACAAAGUAUUUAAUGGAAAAAGCUUGGCACCUUAUUGUCUCAUCCUCCAGAAGAGGAUCUACGUCCUUCACUGUACAGUAAGAUUAGGAUAGAAGCUCUGAGCAUGGCAUCCCUCUGCUCAGGAGAGGAGCACAUACAUUGAACCUGGUCAUAUGUGAGGAUGGAUUCAGAACCAAGAAUACACCUGAGCUCCUGAACUAUUUUUGUCUUGUUGGCUGACAUUGUCUCAAAUGAGACAUCCUGAUAGAUUAUUUUGACAAAUUUCAGGUUGUCUCCAGCCAAAUGUUGCCUUGGCAGUGUUUCUGUCCAGGUUUUCUCUGCCUUGUAAAAAGAAUUACCUACGUACUAAAAAGUGCCAUUUAACGCAGAUUGCUUUUAGUGAAAGUUCAUAUUCCCUAAACUCCUAACUAAUUUAUAUUUCCCAUUUUUAUUGUAAUAUUUUUAUAAUGUUUCAUUUUGGGGAAUGGGAUUCACAUGGGCAACUUGAGCUGAAACUUGAAACACUGAAUUCAAGAGGUGCAUUCAGAGUCCUAGUCCUCCCUUUUGUUGAAUUAUAUACAAACUGAAGAAUUUAACAGGUGAGAAUUGUUUUUCUUUGUUUGUUUUGGAGACUUUUUGGAGAUGAACAGCUGAAGCUUCACAUUCACUCUCCAGGAGGUCAGGUUGAGUUGUGAUUCCUGAUCAUUCAUGCAUGAACGCAGGAAUGGUAGGAGGAGAUUGAGACGCUGAAAAGGGAAGGGGAGGGUAAGCAUCUCUUUUCUUGCCUUUUUUUUUUUUUUUUUGGUAAUUCAUUAAAUAAGGCUACUUUUGUCCUUAAAAAAAAAAAAUCUGCAAGGGGGAAUGUUUUGUUUGUAUCCAAGUAGGUAUUUGAGCUGGCACUCUUUGCUUCUUGUCCUUUUGUCACUAAUGGCUAACCGAUAGAGUUCUAAACAGGUAUAUUUAUCUUCAGCUAGCCAUACAAGAUUUACUCUUAAUCACUGUGUUAAAUUAGUUGGGCACACUCUGCUUUCAUUCCUUAGCAUUUGGCAAAAAUCAAACGUUUUUUAAUGAAAAAAAUCAAUCCAUUCAAAGUAGUAUUGGAAUAUUUGUAUCUUAGCUUUACAGGAGUAUUGCACAUAUGGAAAAUAGUUACUUCAUGCUGCUCUGAUACAAACAUAUUAGCUUUCAAAUAAAUCAGAACUCAGGCAAUAUCAAUUCUAUUCAUUUCAGAACCUGAAGUGCCAUCUGCUUAUCUGUCUCAUCUGUUUAGCCCCUAUCAUUGCAGAUAUGAAUGUUGGACAAACACUGAACAUGCUAGAAUUUCUGCUCCUAUCUUAGUGUGAAAGUCUACAUCCUCAACAAUGGCAAAUUAGAGCUGGCAGCAGGAGAGAAAGAAUACAAAUAUUAAUCUGGCAGUAGCUGAUAUAAAUCAAAGUAUAAAUUUUACAUCUAAGGUAGCUGUAUAUGAAAAAUCUUUCAUACAAUUCUGUUAUUAAAUGCUUUUUUUUUUUUAACCAGUCUGGCUUUUUUUUUCAAAUCCAGAAUGGAGAAUGAGUACAAACAAAUUUUUAUUUAUAAUUUUAUGGUAGUUCUAAUUUUAAUCCAAGCUCUUAUCAGUCAGUUCUGUAAUUAUUUCUAAUUGUUCGGAACUCACAGACGUUAUGUUAUUAAUUGCACUCUGAAGUCUGUUCUAAAAACCAGAACAACAGUAAGCUACCAGAUGAUCAAAAUAGGCAAAAUAGCAAAAUACUCAUUUCCCAUAAAAUUUGCAUUAGUUGCAAAUAGGCAUUACACACAUAUUUAUUCAAUCAACUGAUCAUUUGUGCAUGCAAUAACGCAGUUUAAUGAAUACAUAAUGGAGAAAUGCAGAUUAUGUUUUCAUGUUUGCAUGAGUUACUGGUUGCGUAUGUUUUACAUAAACAUUGCAUCCUAACUAUCUGGGUUGUUAGGAUUAAAGAGCAGGUAUUGGACUUGAUUCCAUGCCUGAAAUUACAAGAUGGUUUCUUACGGUCAUACGUAUUUCCUAACACUAAUUCAAUGGAAAAGGUGAACAACAUAACAGCUAUGGGUGUGUGUUUGUUUUAAAUGAAACACAAAAUAAAGGAAGCAUAGUUAGCAACCCAAAACUCUGUCUUGGAUUAAUUAGAUUUGCAAAUUUUCAGAGAUUCUAUAGUCUAUUUCUGGGUACAGCUAGAAACUAUGUCAACCAUGACAAUUUCUUUACAACGCAUUGUUAAGAAAAGGUUACUCACAAGAAGGCUCACCAAAACAUCUUGGUUUGCAGGUUUUGCAAAACAAACGGAACAAAAAACCCACAAAAAGCCAGCCCAAUUUGUGUGUCUCCAUAAAUAUAGGGAAGAUAAAUUACUUUGGAUCCUAUCCAUCCUUUUUCUUCUACCCUAUUAUUUCUCUGUUAUCAGAGUUAAUUCCUUCUGUGCUUACACAAAAUUUAUCAUCAGGUUUCAGUCUUUUCAUUUCUUCUCUUUUCCUCGAUCAAUAGGAGACCAAUUCCCACUCCUCAGAUUUCAGUGCAUCUUCCACUCCACACGGAUAAAUCAGAUUUUGUCAACUUUCCCUAUUACUCUGCCCUGAGAUACUUCUGCCCUGGUUUUAACUUCACAAUCAUAAGGCUUUUUUUGGGUGCACAGUGGCUGGAAAAAGCUACUGGUUGAAAAGAGCUAACAGUAAGCCUAAGACAAGUCAUUCAGAAAGUAGUUCUCCAGGAGGUUAAAUGCAGUUAUGUUAUAAUGUUCUUGUAGGGUGUACUCAUCUCUGAAAUGCUAGCUUGGCAGUUGGAAACUUGGAACUUCUGUUAGACUGACUUUGAUGGAAGCAACAAUGCUUACUUCAUCUCUCUUUAUGUUUGUGGCUCCAGGUCUUUUUCAGUUUUCAUCUUGAGGGGCUACUAGAAAGCAAGACCCAAACAUAUUCAACCUAGGGAUUUACCAGCCAUGUGUAGCAAUUGGAAAAAUCAAUAUGAUAGGAAAAGCAUUACCACAAAGGUGUGAUGACAGAAAAACCAGCAUGAUAGAAAAGUGCUAUAAAGGAAGGGAAGAAGAUUGCUCACCUGUAUUAGAAUAUUCCAGGUUCUCAGGGGAAAGCUUUACCAAGAAGGGAUCUCCAGAAAGAAAUCCUUCCCCAGAGGCAGUCAGCCCUUUAAUGGAGUCUAACAGAGGUGCAGCCAGGCUCCACCCCUUCCGGUCAUGCAGCUGAUCUGCCUUCACCUGUGCUCCCAGGGCUGACUGCGUCUUUUCCCCAGGUGCUCAAUCAGUGUUUUGGGCCGUGACUCAGCAGUUACCACAAACCAUGUUAAAGCCACAUUUUGAAGUAAAUACAUAAUAUGAAACUUCAUUCAGAUACUGGUGAUAUAUUUUUAAUUUAUGUUUGUAUGAAUGCUAGUGGGAAUGUACAUUAUAUAGAUGUUGCCUUUGUCUCUGUCUGAAACAGAAGAAUGUUUUCUUAGAUCAAUGACAGGCUUUCAGGUUCUCAAAUUGUGUGGUUGUUAAUCUUACAACUGGAUUAUUUCUUUCUGCAGAAGAAUGCAUCGUGUUGAUCUCAGCAACAGCAAAAAUUAUAUUCCGUAAACUGCAUACUGUGGAAACAUAUAUAGAAACACAGAUGGCUGGCUGAUGGUUUGAGUUAUGGAAACCAUGUGAUUCUUAAGAUUCCUAGCAUGUUUCAUGGCUUAGAUAGCAGCUCUGCACCCAGACUUAGAUUGUGCUGUCUACAUCAAUGCUAUAAUGGCAGUGACCCCAAGCUGUAAGCAAACUUGUUUCUUGCAUCUUCGUUGCUCCUGGGAAGAACAAGGAGAUCUGCUUACCUAUGAGAAGUUUUGAGCUUCUUUCCUUAAUCUUUUUUAAUUGCCAGACAACCUAAGUUAAAAACUUCUGUGGUUUGUCAUCCUGAGACACUUAGAGACAGAGACUUUACAAGAGGGGCAUGAAGCAGGUGGAGAGAACACAGAAAGAUAGGAGAUAGCAAAGUAAUUUUAGGGAGUAUAGCAAAACACACCUUUAUGUUUCACACAGCUAAUUUGGAAGUUAAUCUUCUGAGACUACCAGAGCAAAGAAUCUUGCACUUAACAAGUUAGCUGCUUUUCAGGAAAUACAAGCAAGAGGUUUCAGUUACUGCAUAUUUUGGCUCUUCUGUGCAUAUCUCAGACCUGUGUCUCUGAAGGGGAGGAACUGCACCACGUUGAUGAACUUGUAUGUAACUCAUUGCUGAGAGAAGGAGAAUUAAUCUUAAGGGUAGCUGCUGUGGAUUUUCUUUUGCAGGUUUUGCAAACAAUUAGAAUACAGCCAGGUUAAAGCAAACACAUGCUGAGAUAGUUGACUGAAAUCUGCAGAAAUUUCUGAACCUUAGAAAUUAUGAUUUUCAGCUGCAAAGUCUUAGUAACUCUUUCGUAUGCCUGUAAUAAUUUGUAUGUUGUUUCAUUAAUAUGGGAGUAUAUCCCAACAUUAUUCUAGUUGUGUAAUUUCUCUUGCUGUAUAAACAGAUUGCAACUGGUAACAAACAGUUCAUUUUGGAUCACAUGAAAGUAGAACAUUAGUUGUGCAUGGAGAGGUUGAGGUUAAAGUAGAGGAAGUUUUUUUUUUGUAUUCAGUAUUAUUUGAAAGCCAUGUACUGACAUAAAGAGCUCUCUCUUCCUGUUAUAAUGUUAUAGUUGUACCCAAUGUCAGAAGUAUUUAGGAUAUUUACUAAGCAGGUAAAAACAUUUAAGAAUCUGUGCUAAAAGGGAGAGACACUGAGGAAGUAUAACUGAGAAUUUCAAAUUAAAGAUAAGAUUUAAAUAGAUUGCCCAGUGGGUCUGAAUUAUUGCAUCAACUACAAAUGUCCAAGAGGUCAUGAAGUAGCAGGUGUUACAACAUUUGAGAUACACAAACCUUGCUUUGAUAGGGCUGGGAAGAGGUAACAGUGCAGCUUAACGCUGACCUUUAAGUAAAGCAGAUACUUAUGUACAUAUUACAUUUAUAUAUGUGUGUUUAUGUAUUUACAACUGGCAUAUCGUGGGAUGUUGCAUAAAGGCCAGGAAAAAAACAAAAAGGCUGACAAAGUAGAGACUACAUUUAAUCAAUAUUGGGAAAUGUCACUGUUUUUCUAGACUAAGUCUGAGACACAUUCUUAUGGUAUUACUGUUUCUCAAACAUAACCUAUUAAAGAAGUUGUUUUUACACAGAUCAGAGGGCAUUAUGAAAUAAGUAGAUGAUUAUUCCCGUUGAGUGGCAGCAGUGUUGUGACUCACCCUUUUCAUGGUCAUAAUUCCUUACAUUAGUAAUGGAUUUUGAAAAUUGGAAUGGGUUUCUGCCAACAAACAAAAUAUUAAUGAAAUGUAGGGUUGCAUAAUAUAUUUUCUGCAUAAUGUAUUUUUUUUUUUCCCAGAAAAACGAAACGACCACCUCCAAAAAUAUACUGAGCACUUGAUGAAUUUUGUCUCAGAAUAUUCUAUGACUGUAUGGUUCUGUGAAAUUCUCGGUAGUCUUAAUUUGCUGUGAGUUAAAAGGUAUUUGGGUAAGUGUAUUGGCAUAUUUAUCUGAAGAGCCUAUGCAGCUUUGAUGCACAAGAUAAAACUCCUUAACCUUUCAUUAUAUGAUUUCUCACCAUGUCUGUUUCAUUAGCUGCAAUCAGUUUCUCAUACUUUUGAGUAUGAAACAUUUCAACACUUUUGAAAAACAUGCAAUGCACGAGCUGAGGAAACUCGGGAGUUCAUCAGCAUACACAAUUACACAUUUUUCUGACCAGUGACCUAGAAAUUUCUUCACUGAGAGCAGAGAGAUGCUUGACUACCCUACUCCAGUGUUCAGUGAAUCAACCAAAUGAUCCUACACUGUGGAUUCAAUUCAAUGUUUCCUUUGUUAAUGCCUCAUCCCCCAUUUGAUAGCACAAACUUUUUGUCCUCAUUCUCACAUUUUCCCCACAUCUAAGGCUGUAAGAAGGCAUUCACAUCAAGGCUUUUGGCAACAACUUGGGGAAAGCAACUGGAUUUUAUACAGUCAAGGCAAGAACAGUAAAUAAUAAAGCUCGUUCAUCCUAUUUUCCAUUAGUGGCAAUGUCAGAUAAACCUGAUUAAAGACUCUUGGAAAACGUUACACAGGUGAUUUAUUAUAUGUGUAGGUUUAGGUCUAAGUGUAAUCGUGAAACAUGGUACCUCUAUAUAUUCACUUAGUGAUAGAUAUAGAGCAGAAUAGCAGGUGAAUUACAGCAGCAUAUAAUGACAGUUACAGUAUAUCUCCUCAGCUGAUUUCAGGCGAGGAGCUGAAGUUAGUGUUGGCUGAACUGGGUAGAUAGGAGGAUCAUUUGCUGCAAAGGCUGAUAGGACAGUCUGUGGUAAGAAUUGAAAUUGGAAAGCUUUGUCUGGUGAUGCACUGGAGGAACAGGUUUAAUUUGAUUCCUUUUCUCCUGCCUGCCUACUGAUUGACUUUAGCACAUGACUGUUGGUGAAAAUGAACUAAUAAUAAAUUCAUUUGCCUACUCAGUGUCCCAGAUGCAAAGAGUAGCUAUGGAUUUCUGAACUUUUCAAAGUAGGGGUGAUUCAUUUUAAUGGUGUAUGAGGAGGAAUGUUUACCCCGUGUUGAAGAGAGUGGGCUAAAAAUGAAGGAACAAUAAACUUUAUUCUUUUUUAUAGAUUAGAUAUUUUUACUAUUUUUUAAAAUACAAAAUGCUUUCUGCAUGAAAGAGGGACAUGGCUGUCCCUCAAGCUCUCCCUAAAAGCAUGGCUGUUCCUGAGUUCAGCUGCAUAUGGUUCUGAUUGAGGACUCAACUACAUUUAUUCUGCUUGAAAUUCACUGCACAGAACUAUAACAUGAUAAUGAGCAGGGACUUGCAGAUGAUCUGCAGGUGGGGUGGCAGGCACCCAAGAGCAGAAUGACACAACCUUUCAUCCCUCUAGUCUCACAUUCAACUGUAUUUGCCUUACUUACGACUAAAAAGUAUUUUUUUAUUUCUGUUAGAGUCUAGACAAGAACACUUUCCUAAUGCUAAAUUUCCCUAUGCUUUAUUUAAAAUUUCAAGAUACAUUUAUAUACAAUUGUUUGCUUAGAUUUACACUGUGAUUCUGCUUUAGUAAUUGUGUCAAGAUUAUGGAAUACAGGGCAAUUGAGAACAAACAUGCAAAAAUUAUUUAAAGGCUGACUUUUAAAAAGAUAGCUAUUAAACAGGUUAGUCACAACCGUGAGUCACUUCAGUUGUGAGUCAUACUUACUUUUUGUAGCUAUACAUUAUCUGGCUUUCCUGUUCCUCCACACAGCUAUGACUAAUGCUGUGUUAAGAUGCAUCACUGCUUUGGAGAAUGCUUUUUCACUACUGUGCAGGGAGCCCUAUCUGAAUACAUUUUUACAUUUAUAAUAUCAUUGUUUGGCCCAUUCUUUCAACCACUGAGUUGCUAGCUGCAUAAAAUAAGUAAUUAAAUAUUUGCCACGCAUUGGGUCGAUAAGAGAGCAAGUAAGGGACCUCCCCAUCAGCCUGCGAGUUGCACCAUUUCUGUGGGGGGGUUAAUUUGGUAUAUUAAUAUUUUGUCUUACCUGAGCCUGUUAGCCACCCACAGCAGCUGGGACGAGAGGUUUGGGAUGGUUGUACAAGAUAGAGAGUCUGUGGGGAAGAGACUGAACAAAUGAGGUGGAGGCAAAAAAUUUGUCCUGAAAUCAUGACUGGAUUGAUAGCUUCAUAAUUGUUGAAGCUGGGUUUGGAUGUAGGACUCUUUUUUGGCUUGUUGGUUUUUUUUUUUUCUUUUAUAUUUGUAGUGAGCGUGCAUCAACACAGCUGUAGUGUUAGGCAUAAUCCCACAGCCUUUACAACUGUCAUUCCAGAAAUAAAGUAUAAUAUGUGUUGGCCAAACAUUUUCAGCUUGGUGGCUACCUAAAAUUAGUCUGAAACUGUGUAGGUGCUUACAUGUGGGCUUGAGAGUCUGCGUUUGGGUUAGAAAAUAUAGGCUGUAGUUCUUCAAGCAUCAGGAAAGAGGGAGGAGUUACUGUAGCUCUGAAUACUUUUGAAUAUGCCUACAUUUAGAAAACAAUACGCAUUGCUGUGUUUUAAAAAGUACUGUCAUCACUUUGUUAAAAUAAAGACAAGAUUAUACUUCUAUGAACAGCAACAAAAAUGAUCUCAAGAAUGAUUUACUGUUCUCACUGGCUGUACUUCUGGAAAUUUUUCUAAUGACUGAUUCUCUCAAAAAUAGAUAACUUACCUAGAAAUGAUGUUUCCUUCAUGACUGAUGUCUUGAUUGGUCCUGCAUGAUUGCUUAAUGAAAAUCAAUACUAAAAUUAAAAUAUAAACAUCUUAUUUUCACUUCUCUACUGAACAAUAUAAAACCAAGAACAACGUUCUCUAGUUUAUCAAAGAGGUCAAGGGACAAAGUUUGAAUAGGAAAAUGUGAUGAUGUCAUGAAGAGCACUCAAAGUGCAACAAAGAAUGCCAAUGCCUUAAAAAGGAAGAGCAAUUUUCACUGUCCUUUUGUAAAAGAACUCUUGCAAUAGAUAGCAAAAUGGUAAAACUACUGCUUGUACAAAUGAUUUUCUCAUAUGUUUCUGCUUCCUUUCAGCAGAUCUCGUACAGGAAAUGUUUAGUCACAAAUAGUUUUCAAAGAGAACACAUUUGUGUAAGAAGGGGUAAUUUUUUCAGUGUCAUCAGCUGUUGUAAAGUGGCAUAAGCUCCGUGUAGAGAAAAUAACUUCUUUCAAAUUCUUUUUGAGCCUGGGAUGGGAGCUUUUAAAGCAAUAACUGAAAAAGAACACAAGGAAAGCAUUUUACAACCAAAGGGCCAACUGCUGUCCGCUGUAUAUGCUACAACAGUUCACAGGUGUAAUUCUGGAGACAUUAGUGAGGUAGUUAGCCAGAAUGAAAAGAUGGCUUCUGCAAAAUCUCUUUAAGGUUUGUUUUGAUCCUUGGAAGAGUAUGUGCACUCAGGAAUUGGAAAGAGCUGUGGAGUUUGACACCAGGUAAAUCAAGGAUAAACGCAAGGAACUUUGAGCAGUGCCGUGGUGACAGACCACCUGUAGACUACCUAUGUCAGAAUUCAGAUUGUGGUAACAGGACAAAGUUCUGCUGCCUAACGAAUAGAGAUGUCCUAUGCAUGAGGCAUGUCUGCAAGCAUGCUUGAGCUCACUUCUAUCUCAGGAUAUUUUAUGCAUGGCAAGGGAGCCAAGCUCAAAAUACGAAAGCACAUCGUCUUAAGCAAUGUGUGGUGUGUCAGGAGAACAAAAGCUAAGAGUACUGACAUCAUGCAGUUACGUGGAUACUUCCUUAGCUUUGUAACAGGAUUAGGCUCCAUGUUUUCUGUGUUUCAGAGCAUGACAUGUUUAUCUCUUUACAUGAACAGCCAUCACACAAAGGAAAAGGCAUUUAAGUAAUGAAAAGGUAACUUUGAACAUUAUGCAUAAUGCAUCUCUGUGCCUUUUAUUUACAUUUUCUGUACAAUUCUGGUUUUAUUCCACAAAGCUGAAUAUUAUGUAAUAGGAUUAUCUUAUUUAAUUCCUAUGAUUUUCUUUCUUGUCCUGACAGAAAGACACAUUCUGCCUAGAGUGUAUGUUCAGGCUACCUGCAUCCUCAUAUUUAUUCAAAGCACUGCUGGAUGGGCUUUCAUUCAGGAUAAAUCCUUCAACACCACAGCUUUAGCAGAGUGUGAUGAGGACUCAGACUCUGUUUGUGGAGCUCAAGCAGCCAGUUCCGGCCCCAGAGAUGAUGAUAACAAAGAAAAUUAUCCAGACAAUACAGCUAUCUUAGAAGAAAGGUGGCUGCCUUUGCAAGACACUCAGCAGCACAAGGAGCAGGCUUUGAAGCCUGACAUGGGCAACUUAAAGCUAAGAAAGCCUAAGCCUGUCUCAAAGUUAGAAAAUGGAAAAGGCCAUGAGGAAAGUCAGGAGCUGGAGAGUUCAUUGCCAAGCCUCUCAGAGUGGCAAGAGAAGGCAGGAUCCUCAGCUAAUGACUGUGCAUGGAACGUGGAUUUUAGAUGCCAGGAAGAAGUUGUGAGAUUUCAGCCAAGAAUUGAUCAAAACACAUGUAUUUCACAAAAUGAAGCAACCGAGCAACUAUGCAGCGUAAGUGAGAAUUCUUUGUUGAAGCUACAAGCCCUUGAAACCGAUCUGUGCUCUGCGUUUCUGACAACCCAGGAGGAAACUCCCCAGCUGCCGGCACCCAAGGAUCCAGCCCCUUCAUCAGUCCAAACCAGUGUGCAAGCUGAUGGGGCCAGUAGUGGAGACCAAUAUCACUUCAUUUCUCCUAUUACUGAUUUUAGUUUAAUGCAUCAGCAGAGAGAUAGCGAAGAGUCUUUACCAGCCCACAGAGACUGGCAGAAUGACAUGGACAGCAGCCCACAAGAACAUCGCUCCCUAGGAACCAGUCGACUGCUGUAUCACAUUACUGAUGGAGACAAUCCUCUUUUGUCACCACGCUGCUCUAUCUUUAGCCAAAGCCAGAGAUUUAAUCUAGACCCAGAAUCUGCCCCUUCUCCACCAAGUGCUCAACCUUUCAUGAUACCAAGAAGUUCUUCUAGAUGUAACUGCGAAGAGUGCAAAGAACCUCAAACAGUAGCACAACUUACCAAGCAUCUUCAGAGUCUCAAGAGAAAAAUUAGGAAAUAUGAAGAAAAGUUUGAGCAAGAAAAAAAAUACCUGCCUUCACAUGGUGACAAGACUUCUAAUCCUGAAGUUCUAAAAUGGAUGAAUGAUUUGGCCAAAGGUCGUAAGCAGCUCAAAGAGCUGAAACUCAGAAUGUCAGAAGAGCAAAACUGUACCUCCAGAGCACCCCAAGGAAAUGAUAAUAGUGAAAGUAGUGGGACCUUCAUAAAAACUGGUACACAGGAGGUUGCAAGCAUGGAAUCAGCUCCUUCAGCAGAAGAAACCAUGGACAGUGUAUUGAGACAAUUAAAGGAGAAAAGACGACACUUCAACAUUCCUGAGACUAUUAAGGUAACUAAACAAGAGAAGAGUCUUAUGAAACCUCUUUAUGACAGAUACAGAAUUAUCAAGAAACUUCUUGCAACUCCGUCUUUGUUCACAACAAUUCAGGAAGAAGAAGACUCAGAUGAAGACCAUUCUCAAAGCAGCCAUGAGCUGUCAUCUGGUCCAAUAUCUUGCCUCCCUGUCGAUGAGCACCUGUGUUAUUCUCAGGAGGAGAGUGAGCCUGCGUAUGUCUCACCUCCACAUGAAAAGAAAAUUUUAAGACAAACAGCCUUAUCUAUGUCCAAUUUACAUGAGGCAACCAUGCCUGUUCUGCUUGAACAACUCCGAGAAACAAGAGCAGACAAGAAAAGGCUUCGAAAAGCUUUAAGAGAGUUUGAAGAACAAUUCUAUAAGCAGACAGGAAGGAGUCCUCUAAAGGAAGAUCGCGUACCAAUGGCAGAGGAAUACUCGGAAUACAAGCACACAAAAGCCAAAAUCAGGCUCAUAGAGGUUCUCAUCAGUAAGCAUGAUGUUUCCAAAACAAUUUGAAAUGAAUACAAUGCAGUGGUAUCAUUCUCUAGCAAAUCAAACAAACAAUAAGAAAAAAAACAAAGCGGUAGUUUUACAGGUCUUGGUCAGCUGCACAAUUAUUUGACACGCUGAGAUUUUUUGAUGCACUUUACCAAUUCUAAAAGCUGGGAUGAGGGAGGACAGCAAUAUAUGAGAAUAUUAAGCACAGGUGAGUAAACUAUAUAUAGUAUAUAUAUAUAUUUUUUUUUCCUUUAAAGCCUUGAAGUGCACUAUGAGAAUGUUAGAAAUUAAAAGGACACUGAAGUAUUGUUGACUCUCUGUUUGACCUGUUCCCAGGUUUAAAAAGCGUGAGGAAAUGCUCUGCAGGUUAUUAGUACAUGUUAGAAUACACUAAUGUACUACAUGCUUUUUUUUUUUUUUUUUUUUUUUUAAA